AUGCCCUCUCUGUGUACACCGUCGCACAGCAGCCAGAGAAAAACGAACUUGUUCCAGUUCCAGGGCCGAUGGAGAUGGCAAGGCCCGCCUCCUCGCAGCAUACAUAGUGCAAGCGGCGCAACGCGUGGUGGCGGCGCCGGCUGCAGACGGGGGGGUGGAAUAACGCCUCGUCUUUCUCAGACUGCUGACGAAAACAGAGCCAAGAAUGACCAACGACAGCCCCCUCCGGCUGGGCUCUCAUGCGCGCCGUACCAGAAAAGAAACCCAGGGCCUCUGACGGAGCGGACCACGGAAUGGAGUCGUCAGCUGGGGCUGGCCUCUCUGCACGAAUUAAAGACGCCGCGCCGAAAGGGCCAAGAGCCUUGUUUUCUUGCUCCGGGCCAUGUCAAAUACGACAAGUUUGAUGCACUGCAGGUUCAACUACGAGAUUUUAGACCAAUCAGGCAAAGAUAUACUGGCGAAUAG